CUACGAUUGUCAUGGAAUUCCGACACAUCCUGGAACAGUGGUUAUAAAGACACAAUAGAGAAGACACACCUAACAAAUCCCCGAAUUCUUAUUCACGAUGUCGAUGGCGUUGUCACGUCUGAUCCCCUAUAAGCUACCGAAGUCCACCGAACUGAGACUGAAACCAUGGUGGUUUGGUCGGCUGUGUACUACCCUUUGGCCGUCUGCCCAAUGGGCGGUCGGAACAAUGCACAGUGGGGCCUCCUUUGUGUGGGGGCAUAGGAUCAUGUACGCGCCGAUGCAUCGUGAAGACUCAUAUAUAGUCAUCGUCUUGGAUCUCUCGAAGCAGAAAUUCGAAAUACGUCCAACGUCCAACUGUGCUGUGCAAGAGGGUGGGUUUCGCUUGCCGCAGCCUGUAUCCGAGUCUUCGUGGAAAUUUUUGGACAAACCAGCAAGCCGGCAUUCGCUUUUCACUACGGCAAUGACAAAAGAACAGUUCGAUCUCCUUGUAUACCUGGAGCAUAUCAUGAUUGGUCAAUUAAAUUUGAGCUCGAAGAUAUACUUCAGAAGAUAUCCAGGGAGAGAUAUAAAUUCUUUGUAGUUUUCAAGCACGGACUCCUAGUUUCCUAUCAAAUUAGUACUAAGUGCCGCCGAAAGAAUUUUGAAUGAACUUUGGUCUGACACUACAAGCUUCGAGAUCUCCCAGCAGCAACAGUGUCUAUAAUGUCUAUACUUAUCUAUUUGUUAUCUAUGCUAAAUCUCUCGUCUCGGUAA